CUCCCACUUGCUAUUUGACAUUCAUGACAACCUAACCUAAAAAUCGUGAACCAUAACAGCGAAAAACGUGUCGACAAAAAUGGCCGGUGCCAAAAAAUCGAAACGAAUCGUGAAACCGGAGUCCGAUGAAGAAUACCAAAGCGACGAAUCUGGCAGUUAUCACGGACAACAGGAAAUCCAGGCCACUUUUGAGGGUCGAAACCCCGACGGUCAAGAUUUCCACGGAAUCAAGCAAUUACUGCAGCAGUUGUUCGUAACAGCACACGUGGAUUUGUCCCAAAUGAGCGACAUGUUGAUCGCUCAAGCCGGCAUUGGAUCAGUAUUAAAACAGAGCUAUAAUGACAGUGACGACGAGGAAGAUGUGGACAUGGUAGAUGAGUCUGACGUGUUUGGAAUAACAAGUGUUAUCAAUUUAACACAACAUAAGGAAACACCAUGUGUUCAACACUUAUACCAACUCAUAGACCAAGAAAUCAAAAAAUCUGAAGAUAAAAAUGUGGAAACACAGUUCAAAGAAAUUUUACACGGGUGUCACAAGCUUGGCUUUUUAAUAAAUGAGAGGUUUGUGAAUAUCCCGUCGAAAAUUUCAUACCCAAUGUUGAAUUCGUUGCAAGAUGAAGUACACAGAAUGAAGAAAAAAAAUGAUAGUUAUGAUUUUGACUAUUAUUUAAUGAUCUGUAAAAUGUGGAAAGGGAAAAGCGCAGGGGAUAGUGAAACUGUAUUUUCCAAUGAUGAGGAGGAAAUUAUCUACAACAAAUGUGAUUACUCUUUCACUUACAGUGUGGCUGGUAAAACUGACACAGGGUUAACAGGAAAGUGGCAAAGCGAAGACAAAGAAUUAAUUCCCUACCGUGGAGUAAUUUUAUUUAAAGCAGACAAAUUUCCCAGUAUAUUGAACCAAAUUCAGAAUUUUGUUUUAAAUUAGCUUAGUAAAUAAAUUUUAUUACGCUAUGCA